AGAGUCUCGGUCGCUGCUUUUCCUCGUCAGACCUGGCAACCCUGGUUGUGUCACAGAUACUUUAGUCAAGUUUACUUUCACUUCCUCCUGGACGGGUUUCUGGGUGUGGAGCUCCGUGUGAAGAUGAAGGUAGAAGGUGUGUGAGCUGAAGUGAAUCCAGCAGCAUGGAUCAGUGUGAGGACAGAGAGGAGGGAGUCCUUCCCUCCAAAACCUCCCCCAGGGGAAAACCUGAGAGAGAAGAAGAGAGGAGACGACAUCGUCCUGGACGUGGACGUGGACGUGGACCUGGACCUGGACCUGGACCUGGACCUGGACCUGGACCUGAACCUGGACCUGGACCUGGACCUGGACCUGAACCCAGCUGUGUGUCCUUGAAGAGUGAUGCAUCAAAGGAAUUCUAUUGGGAUUUUAAAGAUACCCGACGUUCUCCCUCAGUGAGGAGACAAUCUGGACCUGGACCUGGACCUGGACCUGGACUUGGACCUGGACCUGGACCUGGACCUGGACCUGGACCUGGACCUGGUCCCAGCUGUGUGUCCUUGAAGAGUGAUGCAUCAAAGGAUUUACGUAUCACUUUUAAAGAUGAUCCUGUUUGUCCUUCAGAGAGGAGACGACCUGGACCUGGAUCUGGAUCUGGACCUGGAACUGGACCUGGACCUGGAACUGGACCUGGACCUGGUCCCAGCUUUGUGUCCUUGAAGAGUGAUGCAUCAAAGGAUUUACGUAUCACUUUUAAAGAUGCUCCUGGUUUUCCUUCAGAGAGAGUGGACCAGCAGAUCUCAGAAUCCCCCAGUGGUCCGUCUGUCCAGCAGCAUCAGACCCAGCUGGACUCCGUCUUUCAGCUGCUGGAGGACGACAUCGUCAUGUUUGUGAAGGACGAGCUGAAGAAGAUCCAGAAGGUUCUGAGUCCAGAUUACCCAGAAUCCUCAGAGAGUCUGGAGGAGGAUGAAGAUGAAGAGCAGAAGAGCAUCAGAGAGACAUUCAUGAAGAUCACAGUGAAGUUCUUGAGGAGGAGGAAGCAGGAGAAGCUGGCUGGCCUUCUGCAGAGCAAGACCGUCACUGCCGUUUGUCAAUCCAAACUCAAAGAUCAGCUGCAGAAGAAGCACCAGCAUGUGUCUGAGGGGAUCAUUAAAGCAGGAAAGAAAACCCUUCUGGAGCAGAUCUACACGGAGCUCUACAUCACAGAGGGAGGGACCGGAGAGGUCAACAAUGAACAUGAAGUCAGACAGAUUGAAGCAGCAUCCAGGAAACCAGACGGAGCAGAAACAGCCAUCAGACAGGAAGACAUCUUUAAACCCCCACCUGGAAGAGAUGAACCAAUCAGAACGGUGAUGACGAAGGGAGUGGCUGGCAUCGGGAAAACAGUCCUAACACAGAAGUUCAGUCUGGACUGGGCUAAAGGCAGAACCAACCAGGACAUCCAGUUCCUGCUUCCAUUCACCUUCAGACAGCUGAAUGUGCUGAGAGAGGAGAAGUUCAGCUUGGUGGAACUAGUUCAUCUGUUCUUCUCUGAAACCAGAGGAAUCUGCAGCUUUGAAGAGUUCCAGGUCGUUUUCAUCUUUGAUGGUCUGGAUGAGUGUCGACUUCCUCUGGACUUCCACAACUCUACAAUCCUCAGUGACCCCAGAAGGUCCACCUCAGUGGACGUGCUGCUGACAAACCUCAUCAGGGGGAACCUGCUUCCUUCUGCUCGUCUCUGGAUCACCACACGACCCGCGGCAGCCAAUCAGAUCCCUCCUUACUGUGUCUCCAUGGUGACAGAAGUCAGAGGGUUCACUGACCCACAGAAGGAGGAAUACUUCAGGAAGAGGUUCAGAGAAGAGGAGAAGACCAGCAGGAUCAUUUCCCACAUCAAGACAUCACGGAGCCUCCACAUCAUGUGCCACAUCCCAGUCUUCUGCUGGAUCACUGCUACGGUCCUGGAGAACGUCCUGGAGAACGUCCUGGAGACCAGAGAGGGAGGAGGGCUGCCCAAGACCCUGACUGAGAUGUACAUCCACUUCCUGGUGGUCCAGGCCAAACUGAAGAAGGUCAAGUAUGACGGAGGAGCUGGGACGGAUCCACACUGGAGUCCAGAGAGCAGGAAGAUGGUGGAGUCUCUGGGAAAACUGGCUUUUGAGCAGCUGCAGAAAGGAAACCUGAUCUUCUAUGAACCAGACCUGAGAGAGUGUGGCAUCGAUGUCACAGAGGCUUCAGUGUACUCAGGAGUGUUCACCCAGAUCUUUAGAGAAGAGAGCAGCCUGUACCAGGACCAGGUCUUCUGCUUCAUCCACCUGAGUGUUCAGGAGUUUCUGGCUGCUCUUCAUGUCCAUCAGACCUUCAUCAAGUCUGGAGUCAACCUGCUGGGAGAUCAACUAACAACUCACCCUUCUCCAAUCAGUUUCUAUCCGACACCUGUGGACUGGACCUUACAGAGUCCAAACAGACAUUUGGACUUCAUCAACUCUGGAGUCAACCUGCUGGGAGAUCAACGAACAACUCACUGUUCUUCAACCGGUUU